AUUUGUACUACUAUGCGUUAAGGCUUUUAUGCUGAUGUCUAAGGGUGUCACUGGUGUACCCUCGUUUAUGCAUUGUCCUCUACAUAUUAAUGUUUCAAUUUUAUUUCUUUUUUCUUGUUGUGAGUGGGUUGUUGAAUUAUUUAAGACAUGAUUUUAUCUGAGUACAGUAACCUUACUUUUUUUUGGGGUGCUUUUUUUAUGUUCUGAUAAUGCCUGCCCUAUAUUGUUUUGGUACACACUGCUUACUUUUCCUAUUAUUGUUAGUUCUCAUGCUGAUUUGUUUUUUAGCAACUUCUAAAGUAAAUGUCUUACUUGCCUUAUAGGUUUUUGACAAAACUUCUCACCGAGGAUUUGCCUCGGCUUUUUGUACGCCCAAAGAAGAUUGUUUUGGAUUUCCAAAAGAUAAAAGCUGUUGUUCCUGUUCCAAAUGCUUUCAAGUCAGGAGGAAUGCCAGAAGGAAAUAAGGAUUUUGUUGGAGAAUUAUCGGCGACUCUCGUAGAUGCUCGAAAGCUUUCUUAUCUUUUCUAUGGCAAAACUGAUCCUUAUGUUGUUCUAAGCUUGGGUGAUCAAGUAAUACGCAGUAAAAAGAACAGUCAAACAACUGUUAUUGGACCUCCUGGUGAGCCAAUUUGGAAUCAGGAUUUUCACAUGCUAGUUGCAAACCCUAGAAAACAGAAAUUAUGUGUUCAAGUGAAGGACUCCCUCGGAUUCACAGAUUUGACUAUUGGUACUGGAGAGCUUAAGGGAGGUGACAGAUUAGGGGUUUGGAACUCAUUGCUAACAACAAAUCCACAAGCAGUAAUCAGUUUAGACAAGGUGGAUCUGGGAUCUCUAGAAGAUACUGUACCUACGGACAGGAUUGUGGUUCUGAAUGGAGGUUGGGGGCUUUUUAGGAAGGGAUCUGCUGGAGAAAUCUUACUACGGCUGACAUAUAAAGCAUAUGUUGAGGAUGAAGAAGAUGAAAGGCUCGAGGCUAAAUCCAUGGGUACAGAUGCUUCAGAUGAUGAAUUGUCAGAUUCUGAUGUAUCAGAUGCUGCAAACAAGCAGCAUAAAAUGGAUUCAACAGGCGGACCAGAUAAAGAAUCUUUCAUGGAUGUUCUAGCAGCUUUGAUUGUCAGCGAGGAAUUUCAAGGGAUAGUGGCAUCUGAAACAGGAAAUUCUAAAUUGUCUGAAGAUGUCCCUAGUACAGUGUCAUCAGGAUCAAGAUCACGUGGCUCUGUAGGUCAAUCUCCAGCGCCUCCAAAUUCUGACAGUGGUUUGGAAGGUUUUGGAGGAUCGGCCUUAUUUUGGCUUGCUUUAAUCACAAGUAUCUCAGUGCUUAUAGCUCUCAAUGUGGGUGGUUCAAGUUUUUUCAAUCCUUGA